CUUAAUCAUCAAAUAAGACUUAAAAUUACAUUCAUAUCGAUUUUUAUAUGUAUUCCGUCUUUAUUUUCGUUUCGCGGCAUCGCCUCGUUUUUUCUUAAAAAGCGACCUCGCUCUCGUGAUCAAAACGAGGGUCGCUUUUGAGAUCGCGCUACUCCACCAGGGAGAAGAUUUGAUGAAAGCCUUACGAGAAAUUGAACAACAUCAGCAGCCUUCGACAUCUCAAACUUUACAGCCCAGGCAGAAAGCUAAGAACAGCCCUUCACUUAGUCUUCCUGGUAGUACAUCAGGUGGUCUUAAAAUGAAAGAAAUUGGUGAUCCAGGGAGCAACGUUUUCAUUAGUAAAGAACAAUAUUCUGCUGCUGAGUGCGCUGCGACACCUUCAGCAAUGACAACAAAUUUGUUAGUAUCAAUCUUUGGUUUAGAUAUUUUGUCCAAGAGUGUCGUGAAA